AUGGCAGUGAGUCUCGGGAAUGGAAGAGAUUUAGACAGGGAGCAAGAAGUUGCUCAAUCUAGGAGAGAGACAACGCCAACUACUCCAGUUACUCCAGUUACAUUAGAGACAGAUGAGUCAGGAGAGCUCACCAAGACCUGCAACGCGGUAGUGACAACGCCUAUGGCUCAAAAGGUGUCUGAUCCAGGUUGUUUCACUAUUCCAUAUACCAUUGGGAGUUAUGCUUUUGCUAAAGCAUUGUGUGACUUGGGAGCCAGUAUAAACUUGAUGCCCUUGGCAAUCAAUACAAAACUGGGCAUUAGCAGAGCUAGACCGACCUCAAUGUUGCUGCAACUGGCUCAUCGCAUGGUCAAAAGACCGACAAGAAUUCUUGAUGAUGUGCUUGUUCAAGUGGGAAAAUUUGGAUUCCUUGCAAACUUCGUCAUUCUUGACUGUCAAGUGGAUGAACAGAUACCAAUCAUUCUAGGCAGGCUGUUUUUAGCCACUGGGAGAGCAUUGAUUGAUUGUGAGACUAGAGAAUUGAAAAUGAGGUUGAACAAUGAAGAGAUAAUAUUUAAUGUUUAA